AUGAUACCAUAUUAUGAGUUAAUAGACAUCUUGCCAUCAGAUAUUUGUGACUACUUCAAUAAGUUGGCCUAUGGGACGGAAGAUCCAGGACCAGAAGACUUCCCUACACAUCGUAGGAAAGCUGGCUUAGAAUUCAUGAAAAAAUCGAUAUCUAAAUUUAUGCCACGUAAACGCUUGGAGUGGGAUCCAGUGGGAAUGAAAGGGAAUCCAACUCGUUCUGGAGAGGUAAAUGACUUGCUCAAAGCGAUCAAACGUUUUGAGACAAGAGGUGAAGGAAAAGCGGCCUUCUCCAAACGACCCCUAGAGUUCGAUGAAAUUAUGUCUAUUCUAACGACCAACAUCGAAAAUACUGCUUUCCAGGAUAGCGGGCUACAUGGUUUAUGGGCAUGGACUUUCCAGUUGAUAUGUCGUGUAGAUGAUGCGACGAAUAUCACAUACAGUAAUCUAAAAUACAACGAAGACCAUCCUGAUGAGGUUUUUUCUUGA